AUGGCAUUUCCUGGGAUUCCAGUGCCACAGACACCACCUCCACAGCCAUCACCACCAAUUGAUCUCCAAGCUAUAAGCGAGUCAUGUCCGUUUAAGUUUGUGUUCAGCGGAGCGGCAGGAUUCGCUCUGGGUGGUGUGUUUGGCAUGUUUAUGUCAUCCUUCGAAAUGGCAUCGACAGAUCCUGCACUUUUGGAUGCCCCCAUGAAACAGCAGUUGAAACACACAGCAAAGGACAUGGCCGCAAGGUCAUUUUCUAUGGCUAAGAAUUUCGCUGUCGUGGGUGCUAUUUUCUCUGGGACGGAAUGCAUAAUUGAAGGCUAUCGUGCAAAAAAUGACGUGUAUAACGGCACAGCGGCAGGGUGCAUAACCGGAGCGAUACUGGCUGCUAAAGCUGGUCCGCAGGCAGCUGCCGUUGGAUGUGCUGGAUUUGCGGCAUUUUCGGCUGCCAUAGACUUGUACUUGCGAAGAGAGUAG